AUGGCAAAAAAUGAUGAAUUAACAUAUCGAUUAAUUUACGAGAAUAAUGGAAAAUUAAUUGAACGCAAUUUAUUAUCGAAGGUCAAUUUACAAUCUACGAGUGAUGAAAGUCAGUUGCUGAAUCAGGAACAAUUCAUUGUUGUAUCGGAUAGUGAUGGAUUUGAAUCGCAACCCGAUUCCCGUUGUGCAAGUCAGACUAGCGGUAAAUCAAAUGAAUUCGAUCUAGAUGUCCAUCCGAACGCUUAUGAUUUAGAGCUACAAGGUAAAAAUCUUGGUGAACAAGUGAAAUUCCUCAAAGAGCAGGGAUGGACAUUUCGUCUUAUUUCCGAACGUUUAAAUGUACCAAUGACGAAUUGCUAUACUGCGAUAAAAAAAUUACGAUUGCCCGAUGAAUAUUGGGAUAAAAUAAAAGCCGAAGUACGUUUGAAACGGCGAGCAAAGGAGGCAGUUGAAAAUCAACUUACUGCUGAAAUAUUUGCAAAUAUACCAACGAUUUUAAAGAAACGACUACAAACUGAAUCGUCGCCAAAUGACGAAAGUGAAAAAACUGAAAGCGAAGCGAAACGCAAAUGUUCUUCAAUGUCGAAUGAAUUUAUGUCAUUAAGUGGGCGAAAGCAUUUAACAUUAGAAGAUGGUAAAAUAGUUCAAUAUUGGAGGGAUCAGGGAUUAACGCUACAGAAAAUCGCUGAAAAACUUAAAAUGCCAAUGUCGUCAUGUUAUCGUGCAAUGAAGCGAUAUCAAGUUUCGCAAAAAGCAAAUCUUAUUAUGGGUAAUGAAUCGAAUAAUUCAAGUGCAGAUACAACGAAUUCGACCGCGAAUGCAAUAACUGUAAGUGUAGCUGCAGCUUCUACUACGGCAUCAAAUAUUGAAACGAAUUAUACGAUUUCGGAAGGAAAUCAUUCAUGCUCAAAAUCAAUUUCUGAAUUACUUCUUGGAAUGGUAAAUGCAACAAUGAAAAAUGAUGCUAUAAAUUGUACAAACGAAUUAGAUCAACAAACCAAUGGUGUGACAAAUCGGUUAUCUUUUCCAGAGUCGACAUCAGCACCCAAAGAAGAUAAGGCUCGGUCAAAUAAAUCGAAUAAAUCAUCAAUUAAUACCAAUUUGUGGAAGAAUCGUUUAGCUGGAAACCAUUGUUUAUUUUGUGGACUUGAACUACAAUCAUUAAGCACCGAUGCCAUCUCUCAACAUAUUGCUUUAUGUCGUUCCAAUUCUUCACAGGCAUCACCAGUAAAUUUAACAACACAGCCAUCGAUAACAGUUCCAUUGGACACCUAUAACGUUAUCAUAACAGUAAAAGAUAAAAUGGAUUGGGCGGCAACGAAAAUUGCUGAUUCAAAUGAUCUUGACGAAAUUAUCGGUUUGAUGAAAGUGGAAUAUAAUUUUUUGAUACUGACAAUGAUCAAACGCGAUUUGUAG